GCAGCAGAUCAUGUGACUUUCCAACAGCAGUGGCAGGCAGAUUAGCUGUCAGCGUUUAUUAGAAAUAAUUUUAUGUUGUAUUGUCGGUAUAAUAUAGACUAACAAUAUGUUGUUAGUGUUGUCUGACGAGCAUAAGGAGCACCUGGGGUUUUUAUCUGACGUGGACCCAGCGGUUGUUGGUGAGUUUGGCAGAAUUGCUGUGGAGUUCCUGAAGAAAGGCUCAAACCCAAAAAUCUAUGAGGGGGCAGCAAGAAAGCUGAAUGUCCCAGCAGAGACUGUGCAGCAUGUUGUUGAGGGACUGAUGUUUAUUCUGACUGAAAGUUCGAAGCUGAUGAUCUCUGAAGUGGACUUUCAGGACUCGGUGUUGGUGCUGGGAUUUUCAGAGGAGCUCAAUAAACUCCUGCUACAGCUUUAUUUGGAAAACAGGAAGGAGAUUCGUCAUAUACUGAGUGAACUUGCCCCGUCUCUGCCCCACUAUCACAACCUCGAGUGGCGGCUUGACGUACAGCUGGCUAGUAGGGCUCUGAGACAGCAGGUGAAACCUACAGUCACCCUGAAGCUUCAUCUGGAGAAUGGAGACUCACAUAGCGCCCGUGUUCUGCAGACAGACCCGGCCACACUGCUGCAUCUCAUCCGGGAGCUGGAGCGAGCUCUCGCUGAGGUAAAGAGCAGCCACUGCCGCAGAAUCCUCCGCAACAUCAAAUAGGAUUGUAUAUAAAAUGGACACUAGAUGGUGUAAAUGGUCACCUAAAGCGUCUUUCAGGGGCACAUUCGAUUUUGCAGGUUUUACAGCAGUAUGAGCUCAAAGUUAACGAACUGGUGAGUCAGAUGUGUUGUAACAGAGAAAACAGGAAAAUGUGCAGUUUAGGACCCGGGCACAUGAACUGUGAUUGAAGUGUUAGAUACCAUACAGUUUUAAGUGAAGACACUUCAGUCCUUUAGUGUCACCACCUGAUUGUAAAACACUUAGCAGUCACUUAAGAAAGGUAUGACUAAUGUUAGAACUUGAACUUUAUGCAUCAUUUGAUUUUUUUGGCUUGUUUUUUCAAUUAUUUGUUAUUACGUUCUUCCAGUGUUUUUCUUUACUAUGUGGAAAAAAGCACAAUUUUGGGACCAGUGAUAAAGAGUGAAAUUCAUUUUCAUUUUUACCUUUAACCUUGUUUAAGUGAAAAAUCUGUAAAUCUAAACUCUAGUUUAUUAAUCUGUGACAGAACAACUUGCUGUAUUCUUACUGAUUUUUAAAAAAAAUAAACACAUUAAUACA